AUGAUGGAUAAAUACUCCGACAUUCGUUUUCCAAGCUCUCUCGACUUGCUCCCAUCAUCCUUUAGAGGCGACGCGAAGGACGAAAUGGCUGCAUCCGACCCUGUUCUGUUAACCUUACCAUCCUUGACUCCUUCAUUAGCUGUUGAGGUUGUCCCGAACGGCGUAACCUUUCAUCGCAUUAUAGUUCAAGCUGAUGGACGGACCCACGAUAUAGUCAUCGGACCUGAAGCGCCAAAAGACCAUCUCACUCAGAAAUACCAGGGUACUAUCAUUGGACGAUAUGCCAAUCGUAUCCCGGUGGGCAAGCACGAGCUGGAACGCAACGGAUUCAAAGCUGAAUUUGACGCGCAAGCGAACGAAAACCCUCGCGUUUCAUUGCACGGCGGUCCGGUUGGUUUUGAUUCACUGGCAUUCCAAGUGCUAUCACCCGAAGAAACUCCGUCUUUAUUCUCUCAAGCAGAACUAGCACAUUUACCCAAAUCCGGACAAGGCUCCUCUUUUGGAUUUUUCCGACUCGAAUCACCUGAUGGCGACCAAGGUUAUCCGGGAAAGCUUCUGGUUGAAGCCUUGGUUGCCCUUGUUGAGCCGGGGGAGCAGGGACGGAAGUACUCCGAUUCACCGGAUGGGGCCGUUGGUCAAGAAUACGAUCUCGGAAGCAUCGUCUACGUUUAUAGGGCAAAAGUUGACAAGGGGGUCACCGCUGUCAACCUGACUAACCAUUGGGGGUUCAAUUUGGAUGCAAGUUUGAAAGAAGGAGAAGAAACGCUAUCCGUAAAGGAACACACAUUAAUUAUGAAGGCUAAACAUGUUGCGGUCCUUGACGCUGAUAGUCUCAUUACCGGCUUCAGAGAUACCCCAAGGGAGCAUGUACACGAUGGAAAGAAGAUUGGCGAAGGACAUCCCGACUCAGGCUACGACGACUACUAUCGCUUCGAAGAUAAAGCAAUCGGCAUUCCCAGACGUGUACCGUUGUCGUCUCUUAAUGCACUUGACAUUCUUGGUGACGUGUUGAAGCCUUCCAACGGGCCCAGCGCGUCUCGCGGUUCCCGACCUGACCCCGUUGUCGAACUUGCGUCGGAGAGGUCGGGAAUCAAGCUGGUGUUUGAUACCAACCAAUCCGGGGCAAUGUUCUACUCCAAUGGCUUGGCAGACCCUGCCAAAGGUGCUCGCAAGAAGAUUCACGGGGGAUCCGGCAUCAUGAAUAAAGGGGAUGGUUAUCCAAAAUGGGGGGCCGCGUUCCUUGAGUUCCACGAGCCAUUGGCUGCCUUUCUCGACACGAGCAACAAGGACAAGAACGACACGUUGCUCACGUCGGACGAGUUGUAUCACAACUACGUGAGGGUAGAUGUUAGGUUCAAGGAACCAAGAAGGAAGUAG